GGAUUUUGAAACCUUUCAAAUGCAAUUUUAAUUUAAUGCAGAGAUCUAGCAAUUAAAAAAAUCAAAACUCACCUUAAAAAGUAAAAAACCUCGAAAAAUCCACAAUCUUGACACUUCGAAAGCUAGGUUAACGCAAACUGAAGUGAGGUUAUGUUUGAUUACCAAAACAACUUUUUUCGCAACUAUGGCCCCUUUUGACAAACUACAAAGCAAUUAAAUACGAUUGUUGCACGAUGUGUUCUCAAAAAAACGAUUCGCAAAGCUGGACGGACGAUUUGCCCGUGUGCAAAAACACUGGUAUAGGUUUUUCGAUAAAUCAAAAGUACCGCGAGGACGGGCAUCCUCAGGAAGCCCAUUGCUACGAGGACUACACCUCGAACUACAAAUUCGAAAACUGCCAUUGGUACGCGGUUUUCGAUGGCCACGAAGGCAGGAAAGCCGCUGAAUAUUGCUCUCAACGUAUGUUGGCCGAUAUAUGUUUUUCGCCAUGGAAUGAGAAAAGGAGCGACGAGGAGAUCAAGGAGUUUUUGAGGCAGUGUUUUGUUACCGUAGAAAAAGCAUACUUGGAUACUAUGGGCGAGAUUUUGGCGGAGAAAACCGAUUUGAUAUGUGAUAUACCUGAAGGUUGUACUCCUUUUGAGUUCUACAGAAGAAAACCCGAAAAACUGGAAAGACUUAAAUACCUAAACAAUGAGUUAGAAUGUGGUACAACAGCCGCAGUGGCAUUAAUUUGCAACGACAAAUUAUUUGUUGCUAAUGUGGGAAAUUGCAGAGUAUUACUCUUUCAAACUGAUCAAAACAACGUUUUGAAAGUUGUACAGUUAAGUGUUGACCACGAUUUGAAGAAUGAAGACGAACUGUUGAGAUUAUCGCAGAUUGGAGUGAAUAUUAACAAACUAAGAAAAGGUUCUCAUCUGGGCAAUCAGGAGAGCACCCGAUGCCUGGGCAACUAUUCCGUUAAAUUGGCCUACACGGAGUGCGACGAACUCAGCACCGCAACCCAAGAACCCGUAACCUCCGAACCCGACAUUCACGGCGGAAUUCUGCUGGACGAAUCUUGCAGAUUCCUUUUGUUAAUGUCCUCGGGCCUGUACAAGUCCAUAGAAGAGGCCACGAGGACCGACCAAGUCAACAAAUUUAUUGCGCAAUGUGUGGUGGAACAGUUCCGCGAGCAGUCGACGUUGGCUGGGGUGGCGCAGGCGGUGGUGGACAAAGUAGUUCAUAUGCACCGAGACUGGUUUAUGUCGAGUACGGCAAAUGCGGUGUACACGAAAAGGGAAGAUAUGACUUUGGUGCUGAGGAAUUUCAAUUACCCGCUGCCGAAUGCCAUAACAUCGCCUUCCAAAUCGUAUAAUCCGAUUGUGAUGUCAAACGAGGUGUACAAAAAUACACUGACUGCUAAUAGUACUAUAACUAAUACUACGAGUAGUUCGGAGGAAAAUCUUAUCGAUGAUGGGAUUGGCGCUGAUUUAAAAAUUGCCCCCUACGUGGAUUUUUCAGAGUUUUAUAAUAAUUUUAAGAUUGCCAAAGAUAGCGGGACUCUUCCUCAAGGAAUCGAAUGGGAAUGAGUCUUGUAGAUGUGUUUCUACAUUUUUAAUAAAGAAUUACUUAUUAUGUUUUA